AUGACGACUGCGUGGGUGUGGUGUUGUGUCGCUUCCUGGCGCUUCCCGCUUCCGCUAUCCUUGACCGCAGCCCCUUGCCAAGUGGACGCUGCGAUGACUCAUCCCACUCGAGGCGAAAUCUUCCUCGUCUGGUCCAAGGUGGACUGCGCGUCUGGGAGAAGAGGAGUUGCGAAAGGUAAAUGCACGGGGUUCGGCGGAGAUGCGGGUCAUCGACGGCGUCUUCGGCAUUCUUUCUUUAUUCUUUUUGCCUCAUAUGCUGAAAAAGACAAUCUGGGAGAUAUGGCCCCAUCUUCCGUAAAUCAGGCAUUUAAAUUUGAUUAA